AUGUCGGUACACGACGAACAAGCUCCCGCGGCCUCUCAAUCGACGACGGCCUUGUCAUUGCCAGAGAUAGGCGAACCGCCACGCAAGCAGAGACGGCAGGGAUCCCGAGUCAAGUCAGCUUUGCGAUCUUUGACCAACAGUCCAUCUACCGGUUCCAGUAGAGAGCCUGCUACAUGGCCAGCACCAUCCCCUACUAUAUCGCCUACGCCAAGCGGCAAGUCGUUCGGUCGACGCCGCAUGUUUCGAAAGGUGAACUUGCCAUUCUUUCGAAGCCCUUUCGGUGUUCCCGUCACCAUCGUUCAUCGGAUCAAAACGAAGUCGAGACCAUCCAUUCCUUCUAUGGACAGGGCUGCCUACUUGCAUGUGCCUCUUCCAACCGUUGGCAGCAAUUCGAAUAGCAACGGCAACAGCAAGGGCAACAGCAAGGGCAACAGCAACGGCAACAGCAACGGCAACAGCAAUGGCAACAGCAAUACGAAUUCGAGUGGCCCGUCGUCUGGUCGCACCAACGGUACUGGAACUACCGCCAAGACGUCACUCGACUCCAAGCGAGACGCCAAAGACAACAAUUCAGGAGACAAGAGGCAGGCCAGUGUCAUCCGCCGCAAAGAGCCUGAAAGAGCUUCCGCAACCGCAGACUCGAACCUCACGACUAUCCAGGAAACAGCCUAUGACUUGGCAUCCCCCACAAUCCUGACCGUCGAGAGAGCUGCAGCUGCAAAGGUAUUCCUCGAGACUUACUUUGACGAGAAGCUAUCCAAGCCGUCGCCGCGGUCUCUGCGUCGGCGCUAUCUCGAAGGAGAGCUCUAUCACAGUGAUGGGCUGUCCCCCGCGGAGAAGGACAUGCGACGUCGUAUGUUUUACAAAAACGAGUCGGAUCAUCUCCGCGAGACUCGUGCGCUAGAGGUGAAGAGUAUUGGUGCGGUACAGGGAAAGCACAGCCAGCUUGCUGAUGGCUAUGAAGUUGUCAAGAUCCUUGGCAAAGGAAGUUUUGGUGUCGUUCGACUCGUUCGUGAGAAGGCGGGAGAAGGCGAAUCGCAAGCCCGCAACCGGGUGUACGCCAUGAAGGUGAUCCGCAAAUCAACCAUGCUGAGAACAAGUCAAGAAGGUCACCUGCGAGCCGAGAGGGAUUUUCUGGUAGCCUCUGAGGGCUCGACAUGGAUUGUACCGCUGCUCGCGAGUUUUGAGGACGCAGCAAACCUCCACCUGGUGAUGGACUACAUGCCUGGUGGUGACUUCCUUGGACUCCUCAUUCGAGAGAACAUCCUCAAUGAACCGGUGGCCAAGUUCUACAUCGCCGAGAUGAUCCUCUGCAUCGAGGAGGCGCAUUCGUUGCGCUGCAUCCAUCGCGAUAUCAAGCCGGACAACUUUCUAGUAUCGGCUUCCGGUCACCUGAAGAUAUCCGACUUUGGACUGGCGUUUGAUGGUCACUGGUCACACGACACAAGUUACUAUCACACCCAACGGUACAGCUUACUCUACAAGCUCGGCCUCUCGGUGGAAGGAGAUGCCACUGAUCGUGCCGAGGGCUUACAGGGCACGAUGAAAUGGGCGCAAGGAGUGACCCAGGCCAUGCAUAAACACGAACGUCAGCCGGUGGCGGUGGCCUCGCCCUCGACGGCACGGGACGAGCCACUCUUGAACUGGCGCAAUCGAUGCGGCAACCGCAGCGCCGCGCGGUCCUGCUGGAGUCUCGGCGUCAUCCUGUACGAGUGCCUCUACGGCCACACGCCGUUCCUGUCAGAGGAGGGCGGCCGUCAACAGACCAAGCGAAACAUCGUCAACCACAAGCAGACUUUUGCCUUCCCCCCUCGUCCCGUGGUGUCGCGACGCUGUAUGGAUUUUGUAGCCAACCUGGUCUGCACCAAGGAAAACCGGCUAUCGUCUCGGCGAUACCGGUACAGGGACACGAACCCAGAACCCUCUCCCACGUCGGGCAAGAUGCGUGCCCACCGCGGAUAUCAAGACUGGACGGGUCGCGCCGUCUAUCCACACGAUGCCGAGGACAUCAAAGCACACAAGUGGUUUCGGGACAUACCCUGGGACCAGUUGCACAUGAUAGCGCCACCGUUUGUCCCGCAGAUCAGCAGCCUGGAAGACACGCACUACUUUGAUGAAGAGGAGCCGAUUUCAGACUGGUCGGAGUCCGGGUCGGACACUGAUACCGAGUCGCCCGGUGAGCCCUUGGAGGCCAACCCCCUAGCCGCCGUCGCCGCCGUCGCCGCCGCAAACGCAGUUACCACACCCUCCGUGUCUCUACCCACCCAACACCCCAGCGCGACACCAUCACCAGCGGUAGGAGGAACGCGCAGCAGCAACCCCCAAAAGGCAGCGGCGAUGCGGGCACAGCUGGCGGCCUUCCCGCGGCACAUCCGCGGCGCGAUGGCGCAGUUCGUGGCGGCGCCGUACGACACGGCGCGGCUCAAGCGCAUGGACCGCGAGAUCGAGGCCAUGGCGCCGGCAGCCGCGCAGGCGGAGCUCGCGGAGCGGGUGAAGGCGUUCGUGCGGGUGUUCGGGCGGCGCGAGCGCAAGCGCCCCCGCGACCGGCUGCUGCGCGACAGAAACACGAAGGGCCCCGUGCUCGAGGUGCGCAAGCAGACGGCGUUUCGGGGAUACACGUACCGGCGCAUCCGUCACGGCGGCGGCAAUGGCGACUACUACUGCUACCGGGGCUUCAACUCGUCGGCGUCGGCGGACACUGCGACGGGCGGCUUGGAGGAGGAGGGGAUGUUGCCCCAGUGGGGAACGGGGGACGCGUCGCGGGACCGGGACCGGGACGCGCCGGAGAUGGCUGCGUAUCGGGCUUUGUAUCAGGGGCGGGGGAGUAUGGAUCGGUGA